AUGAAAAACUCAAUUCUGGCACAAGUCCAACUCGAAAAUCGAAACGAAAGACAAAGGGGUAAGAGGCGGUUCCUCAACGGUGGUGGUGAGUUCGAAACAGCGGGAGAAUUAAGACAUGACUUAAUUAGCCUUCUUCAGCACGCCGCCAUUGCUUUUCUGCGAUACAGACCCGUUGUCGAUAUCGCUGUCGGUGUAGUCCAUGGCACCGACGGUGGGAGGGAUGCUUCAGCUUCCUCAUCGGCGACCGAGAUUCCUCUCUUGCAUCACCAGCUGCUGAAGGUCCUCAUCGGAGCCAGAGUUUGGAGGUAG